AUGAUGGCUUUGCGUUUGAGUUCUUUCAAAAAGAUGCAGAGUCGGAGAACGAGGACCGCCGAGGCUCACUUAAGAAAGACGAUAAACAGGAUACUCGUCCAAUCGAGAAAAGUCAAGACGAUGGUGAAGAAAUGUCGGAGGAUAUUGGGGAAAAAGAGGAAGGAAAACCGUUAGUCCAGCCGUUGCCUGAGAUGACGAGACGACCAUCUAGGCGUGAUAGUGCUCGCAGCAGGUUAGAUGAUAAACAGGAUAUUCGUCCAAUCGAGAAAAGUCAAGACGAUGGUGAAGAAAUGUCGGAGGAUAUUGGGGAAAAAGAGGAAGGAAAACCGUUAGUCCAGCCGUUGCCUGAGAUGACGAGACGACCAUCUAGGCGUGAUAGUGCUCGCAGCAGGUUAGAUGAUAAACAGGAUAUUCGUCCAAUCGAGAAAAGUCAAGACGAUGGUGAAGAAAUGUCGGAGGAUAUUGGGGAAAAAGAGGAAGGAAAACCGUUAGUCCAGCCGUUGCCUGAGAUGACGAGACGACCAUCUAGGCGUGAUAGUGCUCGCAGCAGGUUAGAUGAUAAACAGGAUAUUCGUCCAAUCGAGAAAAGUCAAGACGAUGGUGAAGAAAUGUCGGAGGAUAUUGGGGAAAAAGAGGAAGGAAAACCGUUAGUCCAGCCGUUGCCUGAGAUGACGAGACGACCCUCUAGGCGUGAUAGUGCUCGCAGCAGAUUUAUUGAAGAUAGUGGAAGUGGAGAGCAGGUACCUGCCGUUGCGACAGGCGAUGUGUCAAAUGUAGGAGACGGCACUACAACAAGUAGAGCUUCCGAUGCUAAUGCUUCCCUCCAAUCUACAACAACAAUUGCACGUGGCAGAGCUUCGUUACGGAGUGGCGAUGAAACCGGUAGAGCUACAACUACAGCGGUCGAUGUGAUACCUAGAACACGAAUUGGCGACGGCGAUGUAGUACCUGGUGCACCUCUACGAGGAGCCAUACGUGUCCUGCAACCGACGUUAACAGGAGGCAUCAGCUAUACAACAGUGCCACAACAACAGGUGAUGAUGCACAGUAGGAAUGGAACUUCUACUAGUUCUGGCACUUUUACUUCCGGAGUUGCGAAUCAAGGGCAACAAUCACAGCAACAGGGUAUGUCUCACAGUUCUCCACCACGAGCAGUUGUCCAGCCUGUUGUUACUGGGGGACAUGAACAUCCGAUUGGCAUGACAACCAGUGCUACAGUAAAUCCAAUCCAACCACGAGUUGUGCAACAAAAUCAAAAUGAAAAGCGUGUUGUUAUUGCGCCUUCUGUGCGGACAGGAAGAUUGCCUGUGGCAACGUUUUCACAAGUCCAGAGGACUUCUACAACCAGUAGACCACUUGCGUUUCCUCAGAGCACUUCUACAACAGGCGCACCUCCGCAACUUCCUGUCGUUCCUAGAGGCCGCUCUUUCGGAACAACUAGUGGUUCAGUCGUGCCUCAAGCCGGCGACUCUUCGGAAGGCAGUCCGAUUCAAGUCGAACGUGUUCGGCGUCCGAGGUUGAGUCGGCCUCCAAAAUUGCUGGAUCAUCGAGGACAACAAGCGAGUGGUCUUCAGCAUCAAGGUGCGAGUGAAAGAACAACUUACGGCGCUCCAACAACUUACGGCGUACCUACAUCCUCCAACAUGAUCACAAAUACCUUAGGCAGAUUGGACAGUGGUUUUUUCUCGAGCCGCAACAGUAACGCAGGAACACCAACAGCAGGUGGUGGUAGGGCGCCGUCCCUCGCUGGUGCAAGCAGCAGUGCUUCUCGCGCAGCACGUAUGACUCAAGAGGAAGCAGCAGAGGCUUUGGAGAAAUUGCGUACAAUAUUCGACGUGCGUGCAAUGGCGUACAGUGACUUCCGACGUUUGAAGCGAGUCCACGUGCCAGUACACUUUCAGUUGUUGAAAGUAAACUUUGAAGUCGACAGUACAUUGCUGCUAGGUGGACAGGAGUUUGCAGCAUCAUCACGAAAUCCUUUUGAUCAUGGCGGUAGGAGUAGUAAUGCAAACAAGUCGAAGAACCUCAAGAAGAACAGGAGACGUUAUCUUCAAUCUUCUAGUAGGAAAAAAAAACUCUUUGAGCGUUUGCCUGACAUUCGAAUUCCAAAGUUAGAAGAUCAUCUGGCUCGUUUGUGGCGACCGAGUCGGAAAAAAGGUGGUUACCUCUUCAGCAUGCGUGUGCGACGUAGGAGGAGAUUCGAGGAUGGGACGAAAACAACUGAGCAUGAAUUUCUGUUAUGCCCAAAACCAGAACUGAAAGCAGAGUUGUAUCUGCGAGCAACGGAAUUCUUACGACAGGAGUUCGCGCGUAAAGUUGUACCACUGAUUGCAGCUCCUUCUUUGCGCGACGGAAAUCAAGGGGAACAAACGCCAGCUUACAGAAAUAAUGGUGGUGGCGAUCAUCAGAGUACGAUUAGAACCAUGACCUCAGCAGGAGAAUCACAAGCAGAUGAAGAUUACACUCGUACGACAGAAUCGACUGCGGUGCCAGGGUCCUCGACAAGAGGCUCUAACAGCGUUGAGAAGACAAGUUUUUUUCUGCCUGAAACAUCUCCUGCGUCAUCAGAUCAGCGGAUUACCGAUAGCAACACUACAACUUUUUUAAUCACGACAACACCAGGAGGAAAGGCUUCGCCUUUCUCAUACAGUGAGCGUGUCCCAGCAGAAAACGGAAGCGACGAAGCCACAACACAAGUAGAGAGUGUAACUCCGGGCCAAGUCCUUGCGAAAAUCCAAGCUCUUUAUCGUCAAGAACAGAUUGUCCAUACCGCUAUCAUCCCUCCUAUCGAUGGUCUCGAGUAUAAGAUAGCUUUUGGGUUACGGAGUUUAAAGACCCAAGAUACUGCCGAACUAGCACAAAGAGUGUUUCAGUUGUCUAGUACGACUUCUAUAAAGACGAGGAACUCUGAACUACAAGUAGACGAUGAUGACGAAGGGUCCACCGAAACGAACUUCUACGAAAAUUCACUUGUUGAUUACACGUUUCUCACAGACUGGCGUAAGGAUGCAGGAAUCGUUGUGGUACCUGUAUUUGUCGAGUUACCAAACGGUCGACGGUUUUUCUUCCGUGAUGGUCGAACGAUAGCUGGUUCAGCAUCUUCUGGUUCUUAUUCGUCCGGAGCUGGUAAGACUGGCGGGACGAGGAUAGGACCACGGAGGGGACAAGCUACUUCUUCUAGCCAAACAAGUACCACUAAAAGCAGAAGAUAUGGUGAAGCCAACAACAUACCAAAUUUCUACAACAAGCAUAUGAUCAAUGUCAUUGAUUCUCCAGGAUCAUCAGCACCAACUAUGAGUGUUCGCACCGCACUCGUGUGGAACCCAUUUUUGAACCGCAAUGUCGCUCAAUUGAUGCCCACCAGCGCACUAGACGGCGCAGAGCGAUACGAUAAAGUGGAGUUUGCGUCGCCACAUCUGUGUCUUGCAACAACUGCUAUAAGAUCUGUGACCUCUCUAGAACACUUCGUGACGAAGGGUGAAAUGUUUGUGGCAUCAGUACAAGCUGGAAAUAGCAACAGUCCCGAGACCACGUCCACGACGAAGAAGCAGCAGCCACAUCGUGAGUACAGUAUUCUAGACAACUUUGUGUCACCGCAUAUUCAGGCCAUGAUCCUGCCACCACCGACAAACUUUUUUCAGUACUACAGUAGCCAACGUGGAGCAUUCAACGUUCUACCAGUGACUGUGGAGGACCUGAUAUUAGGUAACUAUCACCCCGACGACGAGAUGUACAUCUACGGUGUCCUUGGCGUGGUGGUGUUUUCUUAUGGCAACGACAGAUGAAUUCGCGGCUAUACGUCGAAAUAGCUACAAGUACUAGAAGAUUCCAUCCUUCAUAUACCUUGAAGAUAUUUCUAAUCCCUUACCUGUCUCUUGCAGCUUUCGCUUUGCGUCUGCAUCUGCUGUUGUUGUCAUCGUGUCCUGUGUGGGAGUUCUUUGGGUAGGCGGAAGAAAGGCCACGUGAGGUGGUCUGAGCAGACUAACGAUGAUGAUUCACCAGUCAGUAGUUGCGGGAAGGACUCGAGUGACAACAUAAUUACGGCUAUAGAUAGUCUUCAUAAUUCAUCUUUUGGUGCAUCGAUCCUUGAAAAGUAAAUUCUAAUUCUACUGGAAAUGGAAUACUUUCAAAGGUUUGCAGGCCAGAGAUGAAAUACGUGGGAGAGGUCUAAUUACAAAUCUAGUAAACAAGAAGUACUUUCUUCUUCUUCUUCUUCCAGUUCUUGUUCAGCUUCGAACUUCCUAGUUCGAGGACGCUCAUCUUCUGGUCAGCAUAGUAAUCGAGGAGGCCGCGGGGGGGGUUCAGGUUCUCUAUUGGAUGUCAGAUACGUGCGACCGACAUCGCGAAGACAGCAUAGUUUCGUGACCGACAUCUUUCAAAAUGCGUCGCCACCGGUGUUUCGUGUAGCCGCGCCUGGCCUAGUCGGACGCAGCUCAGGCGGAAGCGCAGAAGGAGCCCCGGAUCAUACUCUGAGACUGUCCGCAUCGGCCAGAUCGUCUAGCGAUAUGACCUCGAGAAGCGUGUCAUCGGAUCUGGAUUCCAAUGAAGAGGGGGAAAGCCCUUUGGAGUGAGCAUAUUUGGAGUAAGCAUAGGACGAACUAGUACUAGGAUAAUUGUAACAACACAUUCUUGUCAUUGAUUCCUUAUCUAACCUACUACUACAUGAGAUUAUAGUAGAGGUCUUGGUCGUUGAUAGUAGAAAUUAUGUACCACAUGUUGUCCACAUACAUACUGCAUUGUUAACAACGCGUCAUCUCCGAAUAGUUGUUUUAUUCUAGGUUUUGCAAAACCGUGAAACUUGAAGCCUACCCUGGUUUAAUGACCAUUUAUGUUAGCCCGAGUACGUAGUCAUUAUCUUGCUUAAUAAAGUAUAUUGAGUUGUUGAUCUUAUAUGUAGUCAUCUCCUCGACAGAUAUAGAAUUGCUUCGUUCCUACAACUAGUAAAGUGAAGUUAUAACUACAAGAGCAUUUCUUUUUUCGAUUGAGGCAACUAUCUACAAGAUCGGAAGACGGGUGGCGUUCGUUCUCGGCUGUCCACUUUGAAUGAAGAAGCCUAUUGUUCUGUAAAUUAUGAAAUAAUCAAAUUUGUGGUCUGCGAAACUCCAAUGAUGCCAAUACUUGAACUUGAACUUUCUGCCGUUUGCGAAAACGAAAUGUACCCAUGCCCAUAGACUCUUCAUACUUCACGUAGAGUCAUCAGUGGACUCUCUUCCUAGCAGCGCAUCCGACGUGGACUGCGACUCCGGACAGCUUUACAUUAUAACUCUCGCGAAGUCGGUGCACAUGGCACUUUGGCUUGAUCGCCGGCAGGCACACCGGCCGGCAGGCACACCGGCCGGCAGGCACACCGGCCGGCAGGCACACCGGCCGGCAGGCACACCGGAUAUCACUAGUAUCACCCUUCCGGCGGUCUUAGCCUUCAAAAAAAAAUUAGCCACCAGCAUUUUUCGCUCAACCGCAGAGAUAUGCAGACGAUGUGGAUUAUCGAGGACAACAAGCGAGUGGUCUUCAGCAUCAAGGUGCGAGUGAAACACAUCAUGUCGCUCCAACAAUUCGACAACAUCAUUUCUACAUACUUUUCCGUGUAUCUUCUUCAACUCGAAAAGCCUACACUUGGUCGUUGGCAGACCGCGACCGCAGCGCGGCUUGGUUGAUGCUCUUGCCUGUUUUUGGCUCUUCAGUAGCCACUGAAGUCUCCUGGUUUACUUAGUAGACCCACA